UUGAAUUAACCCCCAGAGAUGAGUCGGUACACGGACGCCUUCCUCUUUCAACUUCAUCACACGCUAAAGGUCCGUGCGCUCGGACCGAACACUUCCGCGCCGGAGAGGCUGUCAGAUGCUUUUACCGGCUGAACCGUGACGCACAAGUUGACGGAACUGCCAGACAGCUGUGAAAGAUUACGUCGGCAUUGCUUCACCGAGGGACUUUAAAAUCCAGAUCACAAGACCUGGCGCCUCCGCAAAGUCAGGUACUAACUAAUAGCGACCGCCACCUGAAGACCCACGGCGGUACGUAUCAAACUUUUCUGCUCAGAUCCAGCCAGCUGAGUCAUUUGGACCGAUCGAAUCGUUCGAAAGAAAGAAUUAGCAUCGAUUGAAGAGGCGCGUGACAGGUGAAGAUGGACAACGGAGGGUUUUGCGACGAUAAUUAUCAGAGUGGAAGCAGUGAUGAUGAGCUCGUGGAUAUUUCGGAUGUUACCGUGGACUUCAGUGAGGAUGUCCCGCCUCUGGACCGGGAUUACAGCGCGGGCCGCUGUAAAGCAGAAUGGAGGCCGAUCAACAACAGUCCCAAGCUUAUGGAUCUACUGGAUGACGCUGUUCCUGGCAUUGGCACCUACGAGGACUUCAACACCAUCGAUUGGGUUAGAGAGAAGUCUAAAGACAGAGAUCGUCACAGGGAGAUCACCAAUAAGAGUAAGCAGUCCACAGUAGCUUUGCUCUUCAGCAUCAGUGAUGCCUUUUCUGGCUGGCUUCUGAUGCUUCUCAUUGGACUCAUGUCAGGGGCCUUGGCUGGAGGUAUAGACAUUGCUGCCCAUUGGAUGACAGACCUUAAAGAGGGCGUUUGUCUGAACGGCUUUUGGUUUAAUCACGAACACUGCUGCUGGGCUUCCAAUGAGACCACCUUCCAGGAAAGGGACAAGUGUCCUCAGUGGAAAAGCUGGGCAGAACUCAUGGUUGGAGUCAGUGAGGGGCCUGGUUUGUAUGCGGUGAAUUAUUUCAUGUAUGUGUGCUGGGCUCUUCUCUUCGCCUUCCUCGCAGUGAUUCUGGUGAGAGCCUUCGCCCCUUACGCCUGCGGUUCAGGAAUACCAGAGAUUAAGACCAUCCUGAGUGGCUUUAUAAUUCGGGGUUACCUAGGAAAGUGGACUUUGAUCAUCAAGACCAUCACACUUGUGCUGGCCGUCUCGUCCGGCCUCAGUCUGGGGAAGGAGGGUCCGCUGGUUCACGUAGCCUGCUGCUGCGAAAACAUCCUAUGCCAUUUCUUCACCAAAUACCGUCGAAAUGAGGCCAAGAGACGAGAGGUGUUGUCUGCUGCAUCUGCAGUGGGAGUGUCUGUAGCAUUUGGUGCUCCUAUUGGAGGAGUGCUUUUCAGUCUGGAAGAGGUCAGCUACUACUUCCCUCUAAAGACUCUGUGGCGGUCAUUCUUCGCUGCUCUGGUCGCAGCAUUCACCCUUCGGUCCAUUAAUCCUUUCGGCAACAGCCGAUUGGUCCUUUUCUACGUGGAGUUCCACACUCCCUGGCAUCUUCUGGAACUCUUACCUUUUGUGCUUCUGGGCAUCUUCGGUGGCCUUUGGGGGGCUUUCUUUAUUCGGGCUAACAUUGCCUGGUGCCGUCUCCGAAAAAAUACCUGCCUUGGGCACUACCCUGUCCUGGAGGUUGUGGUGGUCGCACUGUUAACAGCGUUACUAGCGUUCCCUAUCGAGUACACCCGGAUGAGCAGCAGUGAGUUGAUCUCGGAGCUGUUUAAUGACUGUGGCCUGCUGGACUCAUCGAAACUCUGCAGCUACACCAGCAACAGUGGAAGCACAUCAGGAAACGUUAAUGUCACAGCCUCUAAUGGUCUGGGGGCUCGGCUGCUGGGGACCGGUCUCUAUACAGCCAUGUGGCAGCUAGCUCUUGCACUGGUCUUGAAGAUGUUCUUCACUGUGAUUACAUUUGGCAUGAAGGUUCCAUCUGGUUUAUUCAUACCCAGUAUGGCAGUGGGGGCCAUAGCAGGCCGACUUCUUGGUGUGUGCAUGGAGCAGCUGGCCAUACGCCACCACGAAAGAGACAUUUUCAGAGGCUGGUGCUCUCCAGGGGCAGACUGCAUCACGCCAGGACUGUAUGCCAUGGUGGGCGCAGCAGCCUGUUUGGGUGGUGUGACCCGCAUGACUGUCUCUCUGGUGGUCAUUAUGUUCGAGCUGACUGGAGGGUUAGAGUACAUCGUGCCCCUCAUGGCUGCUGCCAUGACCAGCAAAUGGGUUGCGGACGCUCUGGGCCGUGAGAGCAUCUACGAGGCCCACAUUCGCCUCAACGGUUACCCUUUCCUGGAGGCCAAAGAAGAGUUCCGUCACAAGACUCUUGCCACAGAUGUGAUGCGGCCUUGGCGGGGCGACCCACCACUGUCUGUGCUGACGGAGAGCAGAAUGACUGUAGAGGAAGUAGAGAGACUCAUCUCAGACACCACCUACAGCGGCUUUCCUGUGGUGGUCUCUCAGCAGUCUCAGAGAUUGGUGGGCUUUGUGCUGAGGAGGGAUCUGGUCAUAUCUUUAGAAAAUGCCCGGCGGUAUCAGGACGGAGUGGUCAGCAUGUCUCCCGUCCUGUUCACUGAAUGUGAUCCUCCCAUGUCACCCAAUGCUCCUCCUGCAGUGAAACUGCGCAACAUCUUGGACCUCAGCCCCUUUACGGUCACUGUGCACACACCCAUGGAAAUCGUAGUGGACAUCUUCCGCAAACUCGGCCUGCGGCAGUGCCUCGUCAUUCAGAACGGACGUUUACUGGGAAUCAUCACUAAAAAGGACAUUCUUAAACACAUGGCGCAGAUGGCCAACAGAGACCCGGAUUCAAUCCUCUUCAACUGAAGACUGAACAGACACUCCUGCACACGCGCACACACACAGACGGGUUAAAUCAUCUUGGCAUGAUGAUGAUGUUGACGAUGAAGAUGGUGGUGGUAGGACUGUGUGUGUCGCUGAAGUACUGCUAAUACACAGUGGUGUGAGAGUGGCCUGAGGCAGCUUUUCGCUCUUCCACCACUGGACCUGUUCAGACAGGAAUUGUUUAGCCUGUCCGGAGGCUACAGAGACGAUGUGAAAAAUGCGGUCCUCUCACACCUGUCAACCUCUUAUCAGCCCUCAUCUGAAUUGUUGCCAUCAGGAUUUCCUGCCUGCACACAUUUAAAUAUGGGGAUCAGUGACUUAAUAUAUAUAUUUUUUUCAUUUAAGGUGAUUUACUCUACUUUAAAAGUAGCUUAAUAUGGUUGCUAGUCUCCCAUGCUGAUCUGGGUCGCUGGUUUUGGGCAUUUAUCUGAAUGGGAGACUAACCGACUGAGACGGUUUUAGGCCAGCCAACAAUCUAAAAGUAGUUUAAGCUACUUUUUAGCAAGGUUUCCAUCCCUGGAGUUGACGUUUGACCUCGAAAGGAACUUCAGAAGGGUGAGAACAUUCCUGAGAUGAUCUGGGAAACGUGCGUUAAGGGUGUCUUGUCGGAACCUGUGUGCGUCGAGCGAUCCCUGUGGGAAGAUGUGCCUUCUUUUGUAGAAGUGAAGUGAGAUGUGGUGUAUCAUGUAGAAGUCACACCGAUGCAUUUACCAUUUGUCAUGUACACAUACUAGCAAAACGAUCCUUAGUUUCUCACUUUUUUAAGAAGGAGGCUUUGAUAACAUGCCACUCUUGGAAAAUUUCACUUCAAAAGGACAGAAGCCAGUAUAACAGAGUGCCUUAAAAGGAACGGUUAAUCCAAAAAUACUGUCAUUUACUCACUCGUUCUGAACCUGUAUGACUUGAGAAUGAAAACCAAUAGCAACUAAAACGGUUUGGCCACCGGCACUCUUCAAAAUUAGUUCUUUUGUUUCUGCUGAAGAAUUAAAGGUCAUACAGUUUUGGAUCAAUUCAGGGGGGAGUAACCAGAUGGCAGAAUUUUGUUUAUGUUUGAAGUAAGCCUUCGAUAGUUAUGUUGAAGUGCCCUGAUUCUCCCUUUUGUCGUUCUGCUGUUGCAACAAGCUAUUUGGUCUUACCAGUGGCAUAUGUUUUCCAAAAAGUUUCUAGUGGCUGCCAAACAGCCAAUUUCCACUCAGCUUCCCAAAAUGAAGUUCCUGUCGGGCACCACCAGGAGGCACCAUCUCACAGACUGUUCAUUUUGGACGCUGUGCGCCAUCGGAUUGAUUUUUGGCCCGGUUCGCUUGCUGGGUGUGUUGCGGCAUUCUCUCAUGUCAUUACCUUCGGGACUCUUUACAUUCCCUCAGCAUUUUUAUGCUCUUAUUGCGCACCUGGGCCCCUACAUGCCGUCUCUGGAGAUGCGAAUCCAUUCUUCCGUCCAUCACCUUGCUGGUCGUCCUCAGACAACCUCAGCGAAGCAUCUCCAGGCAACUCCCUUGUUUGUCCGUGAAGAUCCGAUCAUGACAUAACGAGAUCCUCCCUGUAAUGAAAGGGCUAAACUCAUACUGUAGUCCCUUUCCUUGGCAUACUUUGACUUUUUGUCUCUGCACGUUUUAAAAAACCUCCACCCUCCUUUUUUUUUGCAUUAGCAUUUGAGUUGUUUAUGACCUAUUAAAGGCAUUUGAUUCUUUUCAUGCGCUCUCUUUCCCCGCUCGCCGUAAUUCCCGGGAGUUGGAUUCGGGGCAGGGAGGUCGUGUAGGGCUAUUGUUCCCAUUCGCUCCUGCUCGUCUGGGCUCCCGGUCGCCAGGAUGUCCCCCGACCGCUUCCCUCAAGCACCGUCACGCAGCCCCGACCGCCUUCCACUCUUAGAAAGACCUUUUCCGGUCCAGUCUUUAAACAACGGGCGAUUCUGAACUGUUAUAAUAGAGCGAGGAGGGAAAAAAGAAAUUCUUGCGCUCUGAUUACUAAAAGUGAAAGGUGUGAGUAUUUGUGCGGGGGACCGUGGGUGUUGGAAGGAGAGAUUAUGCUUUUCUUUUUCGGCCUCCUUGGAAAACAUGGGAAUAUGGGAGGAGGGAGAGGAGAAAAGGUUAAUUAAACAGUGUUCACUGGUCAGUGGAGGGAUCGUUUCACAAAGGUCCCUUCUGUGUCACACGGGGGGUUAUUGGAGAGACUUGGCACGAAGGACUUCCACUCAUUCCUGCAAUCCGGGUGGGUGCUGAGCCUCUUUGCGCUGUAACCCAACACUCAAUUGGUGCAGAAGGAGCCGGGCCAGGACCGGGACCGAAUUAAAUGUUGUAAUGUAAAACAGGACACGCCACAGACCUCCUAUGUUCUUAUCUACAGAACGCCGGCUUCUUCUAACUUUUCAACUCAGGAUGCAGCAAGUAAACAGCUGUUUAGUUGGCAUCUGCUUGCUUUUUUCUAUGCAAACAGCCUGUUUCGGGCCAAAGACAAAUGUUAAGCCUGAGUAAACUGCUUUUACAGGCGUCGGUGAGCGUGUUUACGAUGUAUGUCCAAAGAAACCUGUGAUUUUUCUCGUCCAAAAAGGCUAUACAGUUAUUACCAAAUUGCUUGGAAGGAAAAGAAAUGUGCAUAAUUUAUUCCAAAGCGCUUCUUAGACAUGAAGUACCUGUUGUCUGUUUUAUUGAUGAGAGAUGUUAACUUUAAUAUGUAUUUAUUUGCACAAAAGUGUUUUCUAUUGCAGUAUUUGUACGUGACUGUGAUUCAUAUCAUGUUGUCAAAUGAACUUUUUGUCCAUUUGAAUAAAUCCUGAAUGAUGCACUUCAA